AGAUAAAAAAGCAGCGUGAUGAGACACUGGAUCAGACAGCAGACGCAUCCUGGCAUUUACACCAGUCAGGCUGCACAUGCUACUCCCCCGCUACUCAUCCUGCACCCCUGCCACACACCUCAGGCAGACAUCAUGGCUACUUUAAACCAUCCUUUUGCCAAAGAUCUCGGAGAUGGCUGCACUCAGCUUCUGCUCGAGGUGGAGAAAACCGACAGGCUGCAUUUCAAAAGGAGGAAGGCGGAGCCCAGAGGAUUCUUCAUUAGCAGAGAGAAGAACCUGGCUUUGAGUUUUCUGCUCCUGCUGGUCUGUUAUACUGCUCUGCUCUUCCCAGCUUUUUGGAUCAGUGCAGAGUCUACAAGGAAGAAUGAAAGGACAUCUGAAGGAAUCAUGGCCCUGCUCAACCAAUCAGCUGCCCUGCUGUUACGAGUUUGCCGGCAGGACUGGAUCAGGAGUCGCCUCCAUACCUCGCCCAUGUGGCCGGCCCUACCCAAGAUACCAGUGUUCCUUGAGAAUGGAUCCAAGGUAUGGAGGCUCCCCCCACCUCUGGGUCUGCAGGGCAGUGAGCAGGUGGCAACCAGGACGUUGGGGAUGCUGCCCGACAACGGCUUCCCUGCCCUGCUGGGCUCCAAGGCAUGCAAGCGCUGUGUGGUGGUAGGGAGCGGUGGGGUCCUGUACGGCAGCCAGCUGGGUGCUCACAUCGAUCAGUAUGACAUUGUCAUCAGAAUGAACAAUGCCCCCGUCUUUGGCUUCCAAAGAGACGCCGGUUCCAGAACCACCAUCCGCAUGAUGUAUCCGGAAGGGGCUCCAGACUCCUCAAGAGAGUACGAAGGCACUGUUAUAGUGGCGUUGGUGGUCUUCAAGAGCUUAGACUUGAAAUGGCUCACGUCUGUGAUCACCAGGAAGCCGCUGAACUGGUGGUCCAAGCUCUGGUUCUGGCAGAACGUCGUGGAAUCCAUCCCUCUGAAGCCGGAAAACUACCGGAUCCUCAACCCUGAAAUCAUGCACCAGACUGGCCUGCAAUUACAGCUGUACACCAAAACGCAGAAAAAGACGGUGCCGACGUUGGGCGCCAGCGCGGUGAUGGUGGCCCUGCAGCUGUGUGACGAGGUGAGCUUGGCUGGCUUCGGCUAUGACCUGCAGCAUCCCCGGGCUGCCCUGCACUACUACGAGGCCCUUCGCACGGACGCCAUGCAGGCUCAGCUGGUGCACGACGUCAGCGCUGAGACCAGGUUCCUGAGGGAGCUGGUGAGGACGAAGGCCGUGCACGACCUCACGGGGGCGCUGCAGGGAGCACCUUAAGGAGGAAGACUGGAACCCAAGGCUCUCAGUGACCCUUUAUUGGAAGCCUGGACUGAGAGCUAAGAGCUUCUAGUCAAAAAAUAAGCCAGACCCAAGGACAAGUCCUGUGUGAAUAGAUGGUUGUAGAUGGAAGAGCAUUAAGGAUAGCUUAUUUCUGGGUUCAUAUAACAUCUGUUUACAGCAGGAGAGAAUUCAAGAAGGAAGUAUAGUCAGAGCAGAGAUGGAGGUCUUUUGAAGAUGGCAGCGGGUCUGCUUAUAAGCACUGUGACAUGCAAACGGGGACGGCGUCCGGGAAACAGUGUGUCUGUGUGUGUCGGGGAAGGAGUAGCUGAGGAGUAUCACCACAGCAACACAAUGCUCCAUUGCAGCACAUGUGGAGAGUGCAAACACAACAAUCCCGCAUUUUGUCUAAUAAAACUAUGCACAAAAAGGACCGAGCAAA